CUACGCUAGUGGGUGUGGCCUCCCCGGGCUCGGACAUGACGUCAGAUGGUGGGCGGUACCUCGUCGUGCCUGGCAACCCAAGCAGCCCGGCUCCCCGGCAACAAGAUGGAGAGAACACACUGACAGGUACCUGGCACCGGGGCCGGCUGACCGGGGAUACGCGACUACCGGGGAACGCUGCCAUAGCAUGGGCUGCUGGGGGUACUCCACCUACUGAUCCCAGCACAGUGCCACAGCUGUGUGCCUCUCUGUAGUUAUUACCCCUCUGUAGUUACCCCACUACCCACCUUAUGUCCUGCAGCCAUUGAUUAUAAUUACCUAUAUAAUAUCCCACUGCUCUAUAAAUCACCUAUAUACUAUCCCACUGCUCUAUACUCUCCUAUAUAUUAUCCCACUGCUCUAUAGUCACCCAUAUAUUAUCCCACUGCUCUGUCGUCACCCAUAUAUUAUCCCACUGCUCUAUACAUUUUCCCAUUGCUCUAUAGUCCCCUAUAUAUUAUCCCACUGCUCUAUAUUCUCCUAUAAUCCCACUGCUCUGUAAUCAUAUAUUAUACCACUGCGCUAUAAUUACCUGUAUAUUAUCUUACUAUCCUAUAGACACUCUCCUGAUCUGUCACCCACACAUUCUCACUGCAGCCUACACAUAUCACCCCUGACCGCCGGUCACAUAACUACAUCCCAUAUCACUGACCCGCCUGCUGUACCCCAGUAACACCCUGUACCCCAGUGACCUGCACCUGACUCAUUACUGUCACCUGUAGCGCAGUCAUUGUUACUACAGAUUACCCACUGUAUAUAUUCCUUGGACAAUUACACUUGGCAGACCCUACACAGUCCUUAUACCCCACACCCCGUCACAUUGGCAGGUCUCUUGUGUGUGCCAUAGCCCCAUGUUACCUUUGUCUCUCUGAUAAAUGCUGUCACACCUUAACGUCAUGUACGCUCAUUAGCACGUCCACUAUGACACUUCAUUAGCGCUCCUGCCAUUCCCCCUUCCCCCAGCACAUCACUGACACCAAUUACCACAUAGCGGCAUUAUUACCUUUACGUUGAGCUGACGUCGUCACUGGUGUUUCUCUGACUUUUCCAAUUAUCUCCCCAUUUAACGUUUUAUUGACCCACCCAACUGCUGAAUUCCACCUGUUACUUUGCUUUAUCUGCAAUGUAUCAGCCUCACUUACCUGCACUUUAACCUUUAGUAACCUCAGUGCCCUGCACUGUAACCUUAUAUACCUCAAGCCACAUUGACAUACACACAAUCUGCUGACCUGUGACCGUCUCAGCCACUUAAACUCUUUCCUGGAGUUGGUAUAAUGCCUGUGACUGUGGAAGAGGUGAUAUAACUUUACACCCCACUCGUUGGCUGUUGAAAGAGAUAAGUAUGCCGAACCAUCGGACCAGAUCCUACUCAAAUCUUAAAACCCAGCUGGAAUUUGAUGUAGAAGAAGAACGGCAAGCUCUGCUGGAAGAUCAAAAGAUAUUUAGACAACGUGCUCAGAAAGUGUCGGUGGAGACAAAUCGGCGAAGAAAAGCCCUCGAGGAAAAACGCCGGGAAGAAGAGCAGAAGGAGCAAAGGUUUCGGGAAGAAGUCCUUCAGCAGAGAAAGCUAAAACUUCAGGAAGCAACAGAGAAGUUCCAGCGGGCGCAUCUCCCCCCAUCACAGCGCCGGAGAGCGGUUUAUACAGUUCAUAAAAGGCAAGCUCCAAAGCUUGAAGAUGCACUCGACCAAAUUCAGGGAUCACUCUCCUCCCCCUUCUACUAUUUAUCGAAUCAUAGAAGUCCUAAUAAUACAAGAACAACAGACGCUCCAUCCAGUUUGUCAUCGAUAGCAAAUUCCACAUGGCCUAAAAAGCAACAACCGGCUACAAACUUAUUUCAAGAAAAGUCAGCGACUCGGUUGGACAGUAAUCAGCUUUACUUCCAGCACAAGCUAGAGGAAGCACAGCGCCUCCUAGAGGAGCAACAUCUCAGCAACGUGCAGAAUUUUCACCAAGAAGUGGAACAACUUGCAAGUUCGGAAAGUCUGUCAAGUUUAGACAGCCUGGAAGAAAACCCGGAGCCUGUAACAGAGGAGUGCAGUGAUGUGCAAGAGUUUUCAAACAACACUUUACACAAAGCUCUUUCGGAGAUACAGUCUUUUUCUAUGAAUGGUGGAAAUCAUAACAAUAAUGAAAAUAUUGGUGGUUUAAGCAGUCAAAAAACCCCUUCUGAGCCUGUUCACUUCAUAGCCGACAGUAUAGCCAGUGAAAAACACUUGCAAUUCAGAGACGAAGGGGCGUCACUUAGAAAUAGGGAUCUGCAUGCAGUGACGAACACUGUAAUACACAACAGAAACAUUUCAUCAUCAAAUCCAGAUAUUAAUCACUUUUCACAAGAGCCCACAGCUGAGAUGAGGCCGGAUUACUCUGACACAACUUAUAGGGAAAGUACAAUGAGUAAUACUGUGGUUAGACCAAGCAAAGCUUGGGCCACUCCCGAUCCUACCACAACAGAAGGAGUUCAUGGCUCAGUGCCUCACGGCAACAAAGACUCAGUACAUUAUAACGGGCUGUCAAUAAAACCCGCAGUGACUCAGCCUUUGGCAACCCCAGUGGUCAUUCCUUUUCCCGAAAGUUCUACCGGUAACUGCCAAUACAGUGCAAGUUCAGAUUUCAAACCAAGCAGAUACACAGAUGAUGUCCAUUCAUUUAACUCAAUUCCUGAAGGCUUGACAAAUACGUACAGUACACCGUUUUAUGCCGUUAAAAAUGACCACAGUAAGCUUGCAGAAAGCAGUCAUCGGGAGACCCUCUUACAUGACAAUCAGUCUUCACCAUCCCCCAUUUCCAAAACAGAGCCUAGGGCCAGGGUAGAGAUAAAUGAUCAUCUCAAUUUAGCUGAUCUUCCCCAAACUGAUCCCGACAUGGAAUUGUCUGCGCUAUACAGAAAAAUGAAAUAUAACAGUGCUGGAAAAGGAGGAAAUACCUUUCCGAAGAGCAUAUUAAAGAAAGCCUCCAAGUAUGAGAACGGUUAUGCCACAGCCCUGGGCAUCAGCAAAUUGUUCCAGCUUGGGGAGAAGGGCUCCUACACCAUCAGAGACAGCGUUGAGUUGACAAAGGAGAAGGGUCAUAAAAAAACAAACAAUAAAAAACUUAGAUGGUUGGAUGAAAUCGGCAAAAUAUUGGAUGAUUAUAAAGAUGUUCGUGGUGUGAUUGGUAAUGGUCAAGCUGCCCAGAAGCCUCAAGUUGAGUCUACCGCUACAGUACAUUAUCAAGAGCCUUUCCUAGCUGACCAAAACGGUCCUCCGGCGGGGCCACCCAGCUCCGUUUUUUCUACAGGUUACCAUUUCAGUAAGCAAGCAUGGAUGACAUCUAAAGGCGAGGACGCAAACCCUUCUGGGCACCUCCACAAUAUCAGAAGCCCACCAAGGGCGAAGACAAGAAUAGUAAAACGUCCAAGGUCAGCUAAAGCUCAGUCCACACUAAUGCACCAAAGUAGGAAGGGCAUAAUAAUACGGCCUCAGUCAGCAACUGAAGCCAGCAAGAUUGCAAAGUCUCAAGGAAAGAUCAUGGCCCCACAUCCUCCUCCAAAGCCUUCAGCAGACAGCAAUAAUAAAGAGUCAGAAGACAGAAGUCAGCCCACGCUCCCAAACAGUUCCCCAGUUAAUCAUUCAAACACUGUGGCGGUAUCACCCAAUUCUAUUUUGCAUAGGGACACAGUGCCCUCUCACUCGUUAUCCCGGUCUUCCGGUAAUUUGAUGGCUGCCCAGAUUUACAAUUCCCUUAAUACGGAGAAUGCUACAAAGUCCAUGCUGACUUUAAACAGUGAGCGGGUAUUUGCGUUACAAGAAAGUUUAACCGCUCCGGCCAAGCGGCACCAUGUGUAUGGAGAGAAUGGGUUACGCCUGGAUCAUACACCCACUGACGAGGAAAUUUCUCUUUUGUGGCACGGAGUUCGAAGUGCCUUAUCGCACAAAAACACUGUGACGGGUGAUUUCCGUCCUGGUGAUCCUUCUAGCUUACAACCCGCGCGACACAACCUCUCCAGUGUUGUGAUUGACGGAGGAACGCUAAGUAACUGGAAGUCAUUUUCUAGAACAAACGGGGUUUUCUACCCCCUUAAUAAUGGUCAUGUCACCCUUACAAAGAGGAAACAGAUUCCCGACAGCACUGAGAACAAACGCAGAGCUUUGCUGGAGCAGAGGAGAGGCAGAGUGGGGUCAGCGGGCUGGAGGGCCCCAUACAUUCAGAACCUGCACACAAUGAAGUUAAGUCCUUUCCCAAGUUCACAUGAGCCCGGCCAAGCACACGGUGCACCAAGUUCUGGAGAAGUCUCCGAGAGCACAGCUCAGUUUAUGCUGGCAGAAAAACUGGUGGAAACAUCAGCGACUGAUGGAGAAAUUCUCGCUGUCAUGCAGGCAAAGCACAAUCUCCUGCUACACAAAGCGUCGCACACAGGACACACUGCUCUGUCUGUAGAAGAGCAGAGACUCCUUCAGUCACUUGAUCGUCUGAACCAGAGACUGCAGAACGUACAAGACACCAUGACCAAACCCCCAGCAGCAACAAAUGGCUUUACACUUAAGUCACCAUUGCAUAUUCAUCAGUUACCACCCCAGGCGGCAGAAAACACAGCACCGCGAUACCGGAGGAGUGUGUCCGCCGACCCGCGCACGCGGCUGCAAAGGAGAUAUUGAUACUUUCUCCAUCUACUCGGCUGCAAGUGUAAUAUCUGCCAUUAUAGAGCAAUAAUAUCUCUGUAUAUAUCUGUUUGUGUGUACAUAUAUAAACCUAGUCUGUGUUUACAAGAUGUUUUCUUUUUUUAUUGAAAGGUUCAUAUAUUUGAAUGGAUUUAUUAUGAUUACUCAUGUUCCAUUUCUGCAUUUCCCUGAAGACGAGUUUGCACGUGACGCGGUGUCGUAGAGCGUGUCACCACAUUGGUGCCUUCAGCAUAAUCUAAUAUUAGUCUCAUUUGGAAGCUUAGUAAUAAAUAGAUUGGUUGCCAUGGCUUAGAGCACAUGUGUACCAUCCUGCGUUAUUAAGGACAUUGGCUAUGACAAGCCGCCAUUUCAAGCUUGGGAUUGAGGCUCUUUUUAUAAAAUGCAUGAAAAACUGCUGAGAAAGAACAUAAGGCAUUAGCGUGCAAUGCAUUGGGUAAGCGCUUGCAGUUUUUCACAUUCUGGGGGAUAUCCAAUUCCCGCAGUACAUCACCACGGAUAAUGAUAUCUACCGGGGCUAUCGUAUUAGCCCUGAUAAGCUGCGGCUUAUCGGGGCUCCUGACAGCUCCCGGUGCAGACAGGGUUGCUCUGCACCUCUGGCUCCCCGGUCACAUGACAGUUCCCCUGUCAUGUGACCGCCAACAGGGGAAGAAGGGGGAUGCAGGUCACAGUGCUGCUCUGGCUUCCCAGCUGGGGGUCACAGCGCUGAGUGUCGGCACCUGGGCAACCUCACUGCAGUCCCAGCCUGCUGCUGCUGCGGCGGCCGUGAGACACUGACUGGUCGCCACAGCUUAUCAGGAUUUUGUUUCACUUGCCUCAGGCAGGGGAAACAGAAUCCCAGAUAAGCACUGGCUUUUCGGGUCCUCGGUGGAGAAAACACACAACUUUCACUGAACCUGUGUAUUUUCCUUCGAACGAAAAACUAUUUUUUUUACAGGAGAUCUAAUUGUAUACCCCGUAAAAAAAUAUCAGUGAAGCAUCGGGAAAAAUUGCAAAAAACGCUCCCGAUGCUUCAUCGCAGGUAAUAGGAUACCACCCUUUCUGUUUUUACACUGUAGGAACGUUUGUGUGUGAACACGCUUUUGCUUUGACUCAUUUCGGUUACGUGUAGCACAUUUCAGGCCUAUCCAUACAUAGCCAUACAUUAUUUUGGGAGUUAAUGGAAAUUUUGCUAGUCUCUAGUUAAAGGUACGUGUUACAUAGAAGUGUGACCAUUCCCUGUCACUCCAUGUUGUGUAUGAUUGCUCCAUUUGGAUAAGACAAGAACGGACAUUAGCUCCAUUUGUUUCCUAGUUGUCAUUUUCAAAACCAGUUACUUGAAGCAAGGGUUCAAGUACGCGGGAUGCACCCUGGAUCCUGUCUUGGGCAGGCACACGCUCCGUUAAGGCUGUGACUUGUACAGGAGGCCAGCUCUCCAGUCUGACAAACCGGACUCUGCUUCUAAGUCAAGGGGGUAUUAUUACUAAACCUUCUAAAAAUGAAAAGUGGUAGUGUUGCCCUAAGCAACCAAUCAGAUUCUGCCAAUCAUUUUCUAGGAUGCAAAACAGAAAUGAUAGCUAAAAUUUGAUUGGUUGCUUUGAACAACUACUGUACACGUUUCAUUUUUAGAAACCUACCCCAAGAUGGCAGACUGCAUUAUGUUGGGUUUCAUCCACACACUACAACUCUUGUACUACAGCUUGUAUGCUGGAGGCCGGCCUGGGAAAGAGAGCGUCGUACAGUACUCUGAAUAAAUCCUUGCUCCCACUGCAAUAGGGUUCCAAAGGCAAAUCCCUCUUUAUUUUGCUUAUUACUGUACAUAGUACAGUAUGCAGCAGAGAAGAACUAAUGCUAGAGGAUGGGAGGGCAGGGCUGUUAUAAUACAGUAUAAUAACUGUACAUUUCUGGUACAUGAAUUAGUGAGUCGAUGAAGUGAAAAUAUUAUUCUUUCAUUGUGUAUUUUGCUCAUAUUUUUAAAACCGUUUAAUCACUGUGGUUUGUUACCAGACAAGGAAGGAUUUAUGUGCUGAAGGCUAGAGAAUGUCAGUAAUGAAGGUACACAUAUGUAAUUAUUUGCACUGAAGCAAAUUUUUUGAAUAUACAUUAAUAAGUAAUUAGCGGAUAUUUAUAAUGCUUAGAAAGGCUAUAGGGACUUUUCAGCACUAGAGGGCAGUGUGUUACUUUUUAUCUGGGUAAGAGUCUGCCAUGUGUGCUUCAAUUUGAACGUUUAAUAUGCAUGUCCUUCUACGUUUUGUAUAUAAUAACGGCGUGAGACAGAAAGGAACAGUUAUAGACUGUAAUGAAACUUGCCUUAUUUACACCAUAGAGAUUUGUAAUUACUGUAAUGCACUUUACUAAAUUAUUUUAUUUUUUUACUGCUAUAUACCUCAUCUUUUAUGAGUGGUUUCUAAUUUAACUUUUUUUUUUUGGUUUGAUACAAAAAUGCAAUUAUUUUAAUAUCCAAAAUAAAAUAAUGAAAAUGUU